AUGCCGCAGCACGAGGCCGCAUCGCCCCGCACUGCUCGCGUGAGUGACAAUGCAGCUCCCUCUAGCCCGUCAGGCGGAGGGGUUGCCUCAUAUCAGUCGGCGACAAGCUUGCAGCCGCUUCCCACCAUGCCUGCAGCUGGUCAUGGUGACUUGAUUGCCCCCGCAACUUCCCCCAUCCUCGGUGUCUCCGAAAAGUUGAUGGCCUUGGAGCUCGAAGAUGGCACUGUGUAUCAAGGUUACAGCUUUGGUGCCGAGAAGAGUGUCGCUGGGGAAUUGGUUUUCCAGACCGGUAUGGUAGGCUACCCCGAGUCUAUCACCGAUCCAUCCUACCGAGGACAAAUUCUCGUGAUUACAUUUCCUUUGGUGGGCAACUAUGGUGUCCCUCCACGGGACACAAUGGACGAGAUCCUGAAAGAGCUUCCCAAGCACUUCGAGUCGUCUCAAAUUCAUAUUGCGGCCUUGGUCGUAGCCAGCUAUUCUGGCGAAGACUACUCCCACUUCUUGGCCCGGUCAUCACUCGGUCAAUGGCUCAAGGAGGAGGGUGUCCCGGCUAUCUAUGGUGUUGAUACCCGAUCUCUGACAAAGCGGAUCCGCGAGGAAGGUAGCAUGCUCGGUCGUCUGUUGCUCGAGUCUUCUAAAGUACCCAAUGGCGCCGAGAGCAACGGUACCACCACUCCAGGUCGAUGGAAACAACAUUACGAGCAAAUUGAAUGGGUGGAUCCCAACAAGAAGAACCUUGUGGCUGAGGUGUCUAUUCGAGAGCCUCGACUUUUCACUCCCCCAGAAGCCGUCGCCCUAAAACACCCCUCCGGUCGACCGGUACGUGUCUUGUGCUUAGACGUUGGUAUGAAAUACAAUCAACUCCGAUGCCUUCUGUCACGUGGCGUAGAAGUUUUGGUCAUCCCAUGGGACUACGAUUUCCACACUCUUGCAGGACGCGAAUAUGACGGUCUCUUCGUUUCCAACGGUCCCGGUGACCCUGCGACGAUUGCUACCGCUGUGCAGAACAUCUCAAAAACCGUGCAGGAAGGUAGAAUACCCAUUUUUGGUAUUUGCUUGGGUCAUCAGCUACUCGCCAGAGCUGUUGGUGCCAACACGAUCAAAAUGAAGUUUGGUAACCGAGGUCACAAUAUUCCUUGCACCAGUAUGGUCACUGGAAAGUGUCAUAUCACUUCCCAAAAUCAUGGAUACGCCGUCGAUGCAGCUACACUUCCAGAGGGUUGGCAGGAACUCUUCGUAAACGCCAACGACGGCAGUAACGAAGGUAUACGCCAUGUUAGUCGUCCAUACUUCAGUGUUCAAUUCCACCCAGAAAGCACUCCCGGUCCUCGUGACACCGAGUACCUUUUUGACGUAUUCAUCAACACGAUCAAGACUGUUUUGGCUUCGCCCGAAGCUUUGAACAAACCUGUCGACUUCCCUGGUGGAACUAUUGAAGAAAACAUUCAGAAGGCGCCACGCGUAUCUGUCAAAAAAGUCCUCGUUUUGGGCAGUGGAGGUUUGAGCAUUGGCCAAGCUGGUGAAUUUGAUUACUCUGGUAGUCAAGCCAUCAAGGCGUUGAAACAGGAAGGAAUCUACACCAUCCUUAUCAACCCCAACAUCGCCACUAUUCAAACCUCGAAGGGUCUUGCCGACAAGGUCUACUUCCUACCUGUGAAUGCCGACUUCGUGCGCAAGGUCAUCAAGCACGAGCGACCAGAUGCCAUCUAUGUCACAUUUGGUGGUCAGACAGCGUUGCAAGUCGGUAUCCAAUUGAAGGAUGAGUUCGAAGCACUUGGCGUGAAGGUGCUUGGAACGCCGAUUGAGACGAUCAUUACUACCGAAGACCGAGAGUUGUUCGCACGAAGCAUGGAAUCGAUUGGCGAGAAAUGUGCCAAGUCCGCUUCUGCUUCCAACAUCGAAGAGGCCAUGCGGGUCGUUGAGGACAUUGGCUUCCCUGUCAUUGUACGCGCAGCUUACGCUCUUGGUGGUCUUGGUAGCGGUUUCGCCGAAGAUCCUAAGCAGCUACGAGAGCUCUGUACCAAGGCUUUUGCUGCCAGUCCUCAAGUCCUCAUUGAGCGAAGUAUGAAAGGCUGGAAGGAGAUCGAGUACGAGGUCGUUCGAGACGCGCAAGACAACUGUAUCACUGUCUGUAACAUGGAGAACUUUGACCCUCUGGGUAUCCACACAGGUGACUCCAUCGUCGUUGCGCCUUCUCAGACACUUUCAGAUGAGGACUACAACAUGUUGCGAACAACUGCUGUCAAUGUCAUUCGUCAUUUGGGAGUUGUCGGGGAAUGUAACAUUCAAUAUGCCCUUAAUCCAUUCUCCAAGGAAUACUGCAUUAUUGAAGUGAAUGCGCGUCUGUCACGUUCUUCUGCUCUCGCUUCAAAAGCAACCGGUUAUCCUCUUGCUUUCAUCGCAGCCAAACUUGGUCUCGGUAUUCCAUUGAAUGAGAUCUCCAACUCAGUCACAAAGGUCACUUGUGCCUGCUUCGAACCAUCUCUUGAUUAUGUCGUUGUUAAGAUUCCUCGUUGGGAUUUGAAAAAGUUCACCCGUGUUUCCAACCAGCUCGGUUCAUCCAUGAAGAGUGUGGGUGAGGUCAUGAGUAUCGGUAGGACUUUUGAAGAGGCAAUCCAAAAGGCCAUUCGCUCUGUUGACUUUCACAACUUGGGUUUCAACGAGACGAGUGCGCUGAUGUCAAUUGAUACUGAGCUCCAGACACCUUCGGAUCAGCGUCUCUUCGCCAUUGCUAAUGCUAUGCACAAUGGGUACUCUGUCGAUGAUAUCUGGAAGUUGACUCAGAUCGACAAGUGGUUCCUGCGCAAACUUAAGGGCCUCAGUGACUUCGGCAAAACUCUCUCCGCAAAGUAUAACGCUACGAAUGUACCUGUCAACCUCAUUCGCCAGGCCAAGCAACUCGGUUUCGCUGAUCGUCAGCUUGCUAAGUUCUUGAGCUCGAAUGAAUUGGCUAUCAGACGUAUGCGUGUGGAGGCCGGCAUCAUUCCAGUUGUGAAACAAAUCGACACCGUUGCCGCGGAGUUCCCAGCCUUUACAAACUACCUGUACUUGACUUAUAACGGUUCGGAACAUGAUAUCUCAUUCAACGAUCAUGGUGUCAUGGUGCUCGGAUCUGGUGUUUACCGAAUUGGAUCCUCCGUGGAGUUCGACUGGUGCUCUGUCAGAACCAUCCGUACACUAAGAGAACAAGGCCACAAGACUGUCAUGGUUAACUAUAACCCGGAAACUGUCAGUACUGAUUACGAUGAAGCUGACAGGCUCUACUUCGAGAACAUUAAUCUGGAGACCGUCUUGGAUAUCUACCAACUAGAGUCAUCCAGCGGUGUUAUUAUGUCCAUGGGUGGUCAGACUCCCAACAAUAUCGCAUUGCCGUUGCACCGUCUCAACGUCAAGAUUUUGGGAACAUCUCCAGAAAUGAUUGAUAGCGCAGAGAAUCGUUACAAAUUCUCCCGAAUGCUCGACCGCAUCGGAGUGGAUCAGCCUGCCUGGAAGGAGUUGACCAGCAUUGAAGAGGCCACUGCUUUCUGCGACAAAGUCAACUAUCCAGUGUUGGUGCGACCAUCUUACGUUCUUUCAGGAGCUGCCAUGAACACUGUUUACUCCAAGGAUGAUCUGGCAAACUAUUUGAAGCAGGCGGCUGAUGUCUCUCGCGAGCACCCAGUCGUCAUCACCAAGUACAUUGAGAAUGCCAAGGAAAUUGAAAUGGACGCAGUAGCCCGCAACGGUGUCAUGGUCGGCCAUUUCAUCUCAGAGCAUGUUGAAAAUGCUGGUGUCCACUCUGGUGAUGCUACUCUCAUUCUCCCCCCCCAGGAUUUGGACCCCGAGACAGUCAGACGUAUCGAGGAUGCCACGCGAAAGAUCGGAAACGCGCUCAACGUCACUGGUCCUUACAACAUUCAGUUCAUUGCCAAAGACAAUGAUAUCAAGGUUAUUGAGUGCAAUGUUCGUGCUUCUCGUUCCUUCCCAUUCGUCUCCAAGGUCAUGGGCGUCGAUUUGAUCGAGAUGGCAACAAAGGCUAUGUUGGGUAUACCAUUCCAAGAAUAUCCUCCAGUCACCAUCCCCAAGGACUACGUCGGUGUCAAGGUUCCUCAAUUCUCCUUUUCUCGUCUCUCUGGUGCGGAUCCUGUGUUGGGUGUCGAGAUGGCUUCGACUGGUGAAGUUGCUUGUUUCGGUCGUAACCGAGCAGAGGCUUAUCUUAAGGCUUUGAUCUCAACAGGCUUCCGUCUCCCCAAGAAGAACAUCUUGCUCUCUAUUGGUUCAUUCAAAGAGAAGCUGGAAAUGCUUCCUUCUAUCCAAAAACUGCACAAGAUGGGCUACAAUUUGUUUGCUACCGCCGGUACCGCUGAUUAUAUCAAGGAGCAUGGUAUUCCUGUCAAGUAUCUAGAACUCCUCAAUGGAGAGGAGGAGGAUCUCAAGUCGGAGUACUCUUUGACACAGCAUCUCGCCAACAACUUGAUUGACUUGUACAUCAACUUGCCAUCAAGCAACAGAUAUCGUCGUCCUGCCAACUACAUGAGUAAGGGUUACAGGACUAGACGUAUGGCGGUUGACUAUCAGACUCCCCUGGUCACUAAUGUUAAGAACGCAAAGAUCUUGAUUGAGGCGCUUGCUCAGCAGUUUGAGCUUGAGAUUCUCACCAUUGACCACCAAACCAGCCAUCGUACCAUGGUGCUACCUGGCCUUAUCAACGUAGCAUCUUUUGUUCCGGGAUUAGUUACUUCAGGUUCAAAGGAUUUCGAGCAGGUAACGAAGGCCUGCAUCGCUGCUGGUUUCACUAUGAUCCGUGUCAUGCCCGUCGGUGUAGAUGCCUCUGUGACAGACGCCGUUGCCUUGAAGGCAGCCCAACAGAACUCAAAGACCGGAGUCUAUUGUGAUUUCAACCUGUCUGUUGCCGCGACAGCUACCAAUGCGGAACAAAUCGGUCAUAUCACCGGAGAAGUUGGAGCCCUUUUCAUUCCCUUCAAUCACUUGUCUGGAAACAUCAAUAAGGUAGCUGCAGUCACCAGCCACUUUGGAGUCUGGCCCGCCAACAAACCUAUGAUUACCGAUGCCAGAGCUACCGACCUGGCGUCAAUUCUUCUCUUGGCAAGCUUGCACAACCGAAACGUUCAUGUCCUGAACGUUUCCUCCAAGGAAGACAUCAACUUGAUCGCUUUGAGUAAGGAGAAGGGCCUCAAGGUCACUUGUGAUGUUUCCAUCUACAGUCUCUUCCUUACUCAGAAGGACUUCCCUGACUGCACUGGGUUGCCAACUGUUGAGGAUCAAAAUGCCCUUUGGGAGCACUUAAGUACUAUUGACGUUUUCUCCAUUGGUACCAUUCCAUAUCAACUAGCUGGUAAAGAAGCUAGUCCCACAGUCGGUGUUGCCGAUGCAUUGCCCUUACUGCUCACCGCAGCUUCUCAAAAUAAGUUGACUAUCGAUGACAUUACGACUCGUCUUUAUGACAACCCCAAGAGGAUCUUCGAGCUUCAUGACCAGCUAGACACCUAUGUGGAAGUUGAGAUUGAUCGUCCAUAUGUUUUCAACAGUGGCAAUGUCUGGUCACCAUUCAAUGGCAAGCCAAUGAAGGGAUCUGUUCACCGUGUGGUUUUCCAGAACAAGACCUCUUGUCUCGACGGCGAUAUCCAGGCCGAAGCUGUUCAAGGUUCGGAUAUGUCCGGUCACCGCAUCGUGCCACAAUCGCCUUCAGUCAAGGCAUUCUCCCCACGGGUGCAGCCUAAGUUUGAUGCAAUCGAACGACGAUUCUCGACCAGUACUCCUGUACGACCUUUCCGUUCAAAGGCAGCUGAUACCGUUCCUAACGUCCCUGAGCUCGGUCCCCCGCUCUUCACUCCUUCAUCUCAAACAUCGACUUCUUUGCUUGAGCUUCUUUCGCGCUCGACAUUUAAGCAGAAGCACGUCAUUUCCGUCAACCAAUUCACCCGUGCUGAUCUCCAUCUCCUCUUCACCGUGGCUCAGGAGAUGCGUUUAGGAGUUGAGAGACAGGGAGUGCUUGAUAUUUUGAAGGGUCGUGUCUUGUGUACAUUGUUCUACGAGCCUUCCACACGCACAUCUGCUUCUUUCGACGCAGCCAUGCAGCGACUUGGAGGCCGCACUAUUGCGAUCUCUACCGAGCACUCCUCGACAAAGAAGGGCGAGACACUCCAGGACACCAUCCGCACCUUGGGUUGCUAUGGUGAUGCGGUUGUUCUUCGUCACCCUGAUGAAAAGAGCGCCCAUACUGCCGCCAAAUUCUCUCCUGUGCCUAUCAUUAAUGGUGGAAAUGGCAGCCUUGAACACCCAACUCAGGCAUUCCUUGACCUUUUCACCAUCCGGGAAGAACUUGGUACAGUCGGUGGCUUGACUGUGACCUUCCUUGGCGAUUUGAGAUACGGUCGCACUGUGCACUCCUUGAUCAAAUUGCUCCAAUUCUAUGAUGUCCGUGUUCAAUUGGUAGCUCCCAAGGCUCUUUCAUUACCAGAAGAUGUACGCAAAUUGGUCGUUUCUUCCGGCCAGUUGGUCUUAGAAUCGGAGGAGCUCACUCCAGAGAUUAUUGCUCGCUCUGAUGUGUUGUACUGCACACGUGUGCAAAAGGAGCGUUUCGCCGAUUUGAACGAAUACGAAAGACUUAAGGAUAGCUUCGUCGUUGACAACUCGGUCUUGAAACAUGCAAAGAGCCACAUGGUUGUUAUGCAUCCAUUGCCGAGAAACGCUGAGAUUGGGGAGGAGGUCGACUUUGACCAGAGAGCAGCCUAUUUUAGACAGAUGCGUUAUGGUCUUUACUGCCGCAUGGCAUUGUUGGCUCUCAUUCUAGCACCUUAGAUACUCUCGACAAUCUGGUCGAAAGUUGUGGGCAAACGAGGACAGUCAUGCCAUGAGUCGAUCUCGAUGAUAUAAAUCUUUUCUUUGCUGUUAUACUCGCACCUGUGACAUUUUUCGCAUGUACCAAAAGUUAUUGUGUUACACUAAACAGAACGUAGACUUUUUUAAAGUUUG